AUUACUCUUCCCAUGUGGGAGCUGAUCCGUACGUUACAUAAACUUUUGAAAACGACCCAUGAAAUUGUAAGCUUCAAGGAUUGAUGAGACGCGACCAUAAAUGGAGGUGUGGCCUUCCACCAGUGAUUAACAAACUAAACAUGGCUUUCGCUCUUAGAUUCAUGCUUUUCUUAUCUUCUCUGCUUCUUCAUCUUCUUCUCCUCUCUUCUCUCUUCGAUGCAAAACAGUACUCCUUCCGCCCCAAGGCUCUUGUCCUUCCGGUCUCCAAAGAUGCUUCCACGCUACAAUACCUAACCAGUAUCAAACAGAGAACUCCACUCGUAUCCGUCAAUGUUGUCAUCGAUUUGGGAGGUCAGUCCCUCUGGGUUGAUUGCCAGAAAGUCUACCACUCAUCCUCCUACCGCCCUGCCCGUUGCCACUCCUCCCAGUGCUCCCUAGCUAAGUCCAGCGGGUGCAGCGAUUGCCACUAUGCUCGUAGGCCUGGUUGCAACAACAACACCUGCGGUGUCAUCAUAGACAACACCGUCGCUAUCUACGUCACCGAUGGAAUGAUCGGAGAUGACGUGGUUUCCAUCCAAUCCACCGAUGGGUCCAACCCUGGCCGGAUCGUUACCGUAUCUCACUUCCUCUUCAACUGCGGUCGUACCUUCUUCUUAGAGGGCCUCGCCCGCGGCGCCAAAGGAAUGGCCGGACUCGGUCGCACCGGUGUCUCAUUACCCUCUCAGUUCGCCGCCGCUUUUAGCUUACCCAAGAAAUUCGCAAUCUGCCUCUCGUCGUCUACCUUAUCCAACGGUGUCUUAUUCUUCGGUGAUGGGCCCUACAAAUUCCUCCCGGCUGUAGAUGUCUCCACCAUUCUCAUCUAUACCAAGCUGUUCAUCAACCCCUUUAGCACCGCAACGGCUCACCCAUUUGGUGUUGCAUCGACGGAGUACUUCAUCGGAGUCAAGUCCAUCAAAGUUAACGACAAGGCCGUGUCGCUGAAUACAUCCUUGCUGUCCAUCAGCAGCAGCACCGGCUACGGUGGGACCAAGAUCAGCACCGUCAACCCCUACACCAUGAUGGAGACAUCCAUAUACAAGGCCGUGACCCAGGCUUUCAUCAAGGCGGCCGCGUCCAGGAACAUCACCAGAGUAGGGGCUGUGUCACCAUUUGGAGUGUGCUUCAGCUCCAAAAACGUCGGCAGCACCCGAGUAGGACCGGCGGUGCCGUGGAUCGAUCUGGUGCUUGAGAGUGAGAGCUUGUACUGGAGGAUAUUCGGGGCAAACUCGAUGGUGGAGGUGAGCAACGAUGUGGUCUGUCUUGGGUUCUUGGAUGGAGGUUCCAACCCCAUGACAUCUAUAGUGAUAGGUGGGUAUCAGGUGGAGAACAACCUUCUACAGUUCGAUCUGGCCAAGUCCAAGCUUGGAUUUAGUUCUUCUCUUCUCUUCAGACAAACCACUUGUGCCAACUUCAACUUCACUUCCACCGCUUGAGCUACUAGCUCGUUCAAACUAACUGUAACUUCGUACGCACCUGAUUAAUAUAAUCUACUUUUAGAUAA